AUGGCCCAGGUCAAGCAAGACCCGGAUCGCGCGUACAUCAAGCAAGAGUACAUCAAGCAGGACCCCGACAGCAAAGAUACUGUCCUCGGAGACAUAGACGAAGAAGACCUUUAUGAAGAUGCUGGGGAUCUAGACUUCACACAAGCAGGACAAAAUGUGUGGCUUUCUCGCCUGCCUCGGCAGCUGUGGGAGCACUGGGCCCACCUCGACGAUGACGAAGAGAUUGAGAUUGGCACUAUGAGAGUGGAGGGAACACCAGAUGAUAUCAAAAGAGUCAGCUUGCGUUUACAUGACCGCCCAGAUAAUCGAGAAAUUCCCAAAGACUACACACUUCAGCGCCAAACGGUCGAUCCAUCGGGUACUGGAUCGCAUCUCACACACAACACUUACGUUUUCACGGAGAAGGAUAUCCCAGGCGUUGAGAACCGCAUGGCUACGUUUGGCGAAACUCGCUCAGUGCUGUACGAAUCCCAAAAACGUGAAGCGAAGCGGCGGGAGCAGGGCAAGCGAUGGGAACCUUAUGUGCGGAAGACUAUACCAAAACAUACUGCCCUCGCUGGCGCGGUCAGUGAAGAGUUCAAUUGCCUCCCUGUGGAGAAUGAGGAAUUCCGACGGAUCUCUGAGAAGCGAGCGCUGGAAGCUCUGAAACCCCGAAAGGAAACCGUCUUCAUCGAUAAAAUUCCCGGCAAGAUCAUCCAGGCACGCCAUGCUCUUCCUACCGAGAGGGGCCAGUUCGUGCAAGCAACGAGAACUUCCAAGGGAAAAUCCCAAGAGAACAAGUCCACCCGUAUGCCACAAAACGAGCUUUUGGAUCUUAUCUUCCAGUGCUUCCGCGAAUUCAAAUACUGGCCUUUUAAGACGCUCAAGGCCAGAUUGGCACAGCCUGAGGCCUAUCUCAAACAGACCCUGGAGAUGGUUGCGCACCUUGUUAAGGCUGGUGACUUCGCUAUGACCUGGGAACUGAAGCCUGAGGCGACACACAGUCAGUACUCGAAUGCGAUGGAUAAUGCCAGGGCAGAGUUGCCACCGGGAGCCGAUGAUGCUUUCGAAUCAGAGGAUGAUCCUGCAUCUGGGAUGGUCACAGACCAGGAUGACAUUCAGUUUGAGAACGUUUGA